AUUUAAAGCUCAUCGUAAGCCGUCGAAAGGCAAAAGUCAUCACCGUGCGAGAAACACAGCAUUCGCAAACACAAACACAAAGCGUCGCCAUCAUCGUCGUUGCCGUAGAAUAAUAGGUGGACGUGUGGGUUGAGUGCAGCAAAAGCAGGCCAGCAACAAAGCCUCACGAUCAUCACACAUCCCAGCGCAGCAGAAGAGGGUGAACCCAAGCUCACCUUUGAAAUUCCUGCUCAUCGCGUGUUCAUCACCGUCCCAUCACCUGAACAGCAGAAGAACCCUCUCCUGCACACAACCUGCUUCGCCUGGAAUUUGCCCGCAGCGGUACCUUCGACGCAUAUCUUCGGUUGUCUUCAUUCAAGAUUACCAGCUCGGGAUGAUGGCCCCUUCUCCUUCAAAAAGCUCAAAAACACAACAUCCUUCGUUCCUAAUCACGACAGAUUCGGUAGACACGAGUCCAGUUCCUUCGAGCCCACCAAGUACAGAUGCGCCAAAAUCUCAAUGUUCCUCACUAUCCGAUGGAGAAUCGUUUGAAUGCUAUGGGGACAACGACAUAUCAAUCUCAGAAGCUGGUGGUGUUGACUUAGAAUUGGCGCCACAUUUGAAUUCUACAGCUGUUGGUGAAAGCAAUGGCAAUCCGGGCAAUCCUACUAACUCCGGCAUCACCAGACAUUCGUGGAGCCGGACCAGUUUGCGCGGUGCUCCCAAGAGUCACAACGACAACUUACCGAACCGACGAUGGGGAUCAAUGAGACAUUCUGGCAAACGGCAGCUAGGAUCCAAUGCCUUAGCAAAUCAUCUUUAUAGAUCGUCGAGCUUUAACUCGUCUGGCAGAAGUUCCAACUGUGAUACGGCCGAAGACAUGUACAGCGAUGUCAGUUUGGAGGAUGUACAAGAUAUAAAUCAUAAGCUUGAAAUACUACAACGGCAAGUCACCAAUCUGGCAGACACCCAGAGCAAUGUGGACGAUCGGACGAGUAGAACCAAAACGGAAUAUGCCGUUCUUCAGGCUCGUUAUCACAUGCUGGAGGAACAGUUGAGAGAGACUGAACUACGAGCGGAAGAACGAUUGGCCGAAGAACAAAAGCGUCACCGGGAGCUAUUGGCCCGUGUCGAGCGGGAGGCAAAGCUGCAGAAUGAAAACUGCCAGAUUCGGAUACGCACGAUGGAGAUGGAAGUAACCAGCCUGCGCGAGGAGAUACAGCGAUUGCGUUUGCAGAGUGACAAACAGGCGGCCGAUUUGCAUGCGACCGAAGAGAAGCUAGAGAAGGCGCGCGAUUCGCUCAUGAUCUCGCAGCAGGAUCUCGUCGAGGCAAGAUCGGAAGAGAAAAAACAUCGUGCAGAUAAGCAGGCGGCCGAGGAACUGAUGGUAGAACUGGGCAAAGAGUGCGAACGGCUACGUUCUGAGCGUGGUCCCGCGCUUCCUACGACAUCGCCCGAAUCUCUUCGGCUAGAAGAGCUGCAUCAGGAAAUGGACGAAUUGCGUCAGAAGAACAAGACACUCGAAGAAGCGAACGAAGAACUGCAAGCUAUGAUGCUAACUCGCAGCAUCGAAGAAGGGCGCAAUCUCCUGAACGGUACCUCCAACAGUUUGGCCCAAGAGCUAGAAGCCAUGAGCCAGAAUCAGGAUACCGUUGAUUCGACCACUUUAGCGUCAUUAACACAGCUACAGGUGGCAUUCCAGGAAAAGGAAGAAGAAAACCGACGACUGAAGCAUUACAUCGACACGAUGCUGUUAAACGUGGUGGAAAAUUAUCCGCAGCUGCUGGAAGUGAAGGCGGCUUGAAC